AAGAAUCGCUUUGGGAGAGAACCACCAUGACCGAGCCGGAGCAGCCAGACAUCCUCAAUCCGGCCACGUUCGUACCACCGCAGCUCGCGGAGUUCGCGUCCAUCACGAUCGAGUUCUGUGACAGAUGCCGAUGGCUGCACCGCGCGGCUUGGGUCCAAACCGAGCUCCUGCUUACCUUCGCGCCGCCCGUCAUCGGCUCGAUCACGCUCGUUCCGCGCAACUCCGAAGAAACGGCGGGCAGGUUCCGGGUCUGGGUGGGGACGCCCGGGUCGGCGGCCCCACAGCUUGCUUGGGACCGCAAAGUCGAGGGCGGGUUCCCUGAGCUCAAGAUUCUCGUGUGUAUUGCCCGGCUGAUACCAGCCGGCUGCACUGACGCUUGGGCUUAGAAACAGAGAGUGCGCGACAUCCUGCAGCCGGGCAAGAGUUUGGGGCAUUCCGACGUGAAGGCCCCCUUCACCGCCUGAAGAUGCAUGCUUGUCGCACGCACGAUGCUUCGCAGCGCCGCCUCAUCGAAACUUAUUUCACGAAGGCCUGUCCUCUGCCGCGUCUAGUAUUCAGCUACAGCUCGAGCAGUCUUGAGAUCAGACGGUGAAGGUAUGAAUCACGCCAGUGUACGAAUGUCCCAUCAAUUACCGCUCGAAUCCCGUGCAUCAACGCUUUGCAUGCAAUGAUAUUCCACCGUCUAGAUCUUCUGCUAGAUGUUCGAUGCGCUUUUGAAGUCGUCUAUUCUACUCUAUCCUUCAUCGUUUUCUCUCUCACGAUGACCAAGACCGCGGAUAGGAUCGCAGUUGCGAACAUCAUACUGCCCACGAAGAUCUCCACCGC